GGCCCAGUUCAGAAUGCAACAAGUACCAGUAAUCACGCUAACGGCCACUCGGGAUCCACUCAAUUUCUCCAGCGACAGCCCAGUUGCCGCUCCCACCCCGACACACCCGCCGGCCGGCGCGACCUCCGGCGAUCCCCCUCGCCGACCCAGAUGCCGCCUCCGCCACGGCGGCACCCCGCCGGCCACACUAACGCCGCGCCCACCACCUCUGAUUCAGGUUUGGUCAAGCUCCUAGCCGACAUCCUCCACCAUACCGCGCCAUCCACCUGGCCGUCCGCCCUCGCCGCGCCGCUGCUCCGCAGCCGCCUCACCCAGGCGCAUGUCUCCUCCCUUCUCCUCCUCCCGGCCUCCCUCAGCCGGCCCGAUCUCUCCCGCCGCUUCCUCCUCCUGCUGCCGCCCGAGCUCGUCUCCCCGGUCUCCCUCUCCCUCCUCGCCCUCUCCUUCCUCUCCUCCUCGCCCUCCCCCUCAUCGUCUGCAUCCUCCCCGCACGCCGCCUCCCUCCUCCUCUCCCUCGCGACAUCCACUCCGUCCGCGUCGUCCUCAUUUUCGUCACUCUCAAAUGCUAAUUCACUCGCCACCUUCCGACCUGGCACCGCCACCGCUGCCACCACGCUUCUCGCCUCCUCAUACCUCCGACUCCGCCGCGCCCGCGACGCCGCUGCCGUCCUACGCCUAUCCCUGUCGUCCGGCAUUGCUAUGAAGCAGUAUACCACUUCUCAGAUAUUGUUCGCUCUCAUCAAGAUCCGGCAGUUUGCUCUUGCCCGCGAACUGUUCGAUGAAAUGCUUGGGACAGGUGUUCGCGUGGACGAGUACGUUUACACGGCUGGAAUUCGAGCUUAUUGCGAGACAAAUAAUUUGGAUGGCGCAAAGGAUCUAUUGGCAAGGAUGGAAAGCAAGGGCAUCAAUGGCAGUGCUGUGCCAUACAAUGUGCUGAUGUAUGGUUUCUGCAAAAACAAUCGUGUUCAUGAGGCAGUGGAGGUGAAGAAUGGCAUGGUGGAGAGAGGAGUUACGACUGAUGAAGUUACAUACCGGACUCUAGUGUAUGGGUUUUGUCGGACCGAUGAACUUGAAAUGGCAUUGGAAACGACUGAUGACAUGCUUAGGCUGGGGUUUGUGCCAUCAGAGGCCAGUUGCUCGAUUAUGCUUGAUGGGCUACGGAAGAGAGGGCAUGUCGAGGAGGCCUUCAGGUUAGCUUGUCACUUGGGUGAGUUGGGCAUGGUACCCAACCUGUUUGCUAGUAAUGCAUUGAUGGAUAAACUGUGCAAGGAUGGAAGAUUUAGUGAGGCAGAAAGGCUAUUCACAGGGAUGGAAAAGAGGGGUCUUCAGCCAAAUGAGGUGACCUAUGCUAUAUUGAUACAUUCCCUGUGCAAGAGGGGAAUGAUGAAUGAUGCACUUCACAUGUUUGAUAGGAUGAGGGAGAAGGGAAUCAGAGUGACAGCCUACCCAUACAACUCUUUAAUUAAUGGUUACUGCCAAUGUGAUGAUUUUGACCAGGCAUGGCGGUUUCUGAGAGAGAUGGUUGAGAAGGGAUUAUCACCGAAUGCAGCAUCAUAUUCCCCCCUUAUAGCUGGUUUAUGCCGGAAAGGGGAUACAGGCAGUGCAGUGGAGCUUCACAAUGAGAUGGACAGGAAUGGUGUUUCAGGGAAUAUUUAUACGCUUACAGCACUUAUCAAUUGUUUCUGCAACGACAGAAAUAUGGAUGAAGCUGCUAGGUUGUUUGAUAAGAUGAUUGACAGCUCCAUAGUACCAAGUGAAGUGACUUUUAAUGUCAUGAUAGAAGGAUAUUGCCGUGCAGGCAACAUCAGGAAGGCAUUUGAGUUAUAUGAUCAAAUGGUGGAUAGGGGUCUAACACCUGAUAAUUACACUUACAGGUCAAUGAUUAGUGUACUUUGUUUGACGCUGGGUGCCUUGAAAGCAAAGGAAUUUGUUGAUGAUCUAGAAAACAACUGUGCCGUGCUAAAUAGCUUUAGCCUAACAGCACUUAUGCAUGGAUUGUGUAAAGAAGGAAGGUUAACUGAAACAUACCAUGUUUGGAACGUGAUGGGAGCGCAGGGGGUCAAGCUCGAUCUUAUCAGUUUUACUGCAAUUAUGAAUGGAGCUCUGAAACAGAAUGACAAUGAAAAAGUAAGCAUGUUGAUUAGGGAAAUGGAAGAAAAAGGUCUGAAGCCUGACAUUGUGUUCCAUACAUGCAUGAUUGAUGCGCAUUCGAAGGAAGCAAAUAUUGCUCAAGCUUUAAACUGCUGGGAUAACAUGAUAGCUGAUGGAUGUCCUCCAAAUGUUAUCACAUAUACAGUUUUAAUAAAUAAUCUCUGCAGGUCUGGGCAUUUGAGCAGCGCAGAGAUCCUUUGUAAAGAAAUGUUAGCUGGGCGCUUUCUUCCUAAUAGUUUUACUUAUAAUUGCUUUCUUGAUUAUCUGGCAACUGAAGGAGAGCUGGAAAAGGCUAAAGUUCUACAUGCAGCCAUGCUUGAAGGCUGUUUAGCUAACACAGUGACAUUUAACACAUUAAUCAAAGGGUUCUGUAAGGUUGGGCAGAUCCAAGAGGCAAUUGACCUUAUGCAGAAGAUCACUGAAAGCGGUUUCUUUCCUGAUUGCAUCAGCUAUUCUACAAUAAUAAAUGAACUCUGUAAGAUGGGCGACACAAAUAAAGCAUUUGGGCUCUGGAAUGAGAUGUUGUACAAGGGAUUGAAGCCUGACAUUGUGGCAUACAAUAUUUUGAUACGCUGGUGCAGUAUUCAUGGCGAAUUUGAUAAAGGUUUAGGAAUUUAUAGUGAUAUGUUUAAGAAUGGGGUGCAACCAAACUGGGAUACAUAUAGAGCUCUUUUCAUAGGAGCUUCUUUGAUGGUCAGGUAGGGAAAAACUUUAUUGUUGACCACCUGAUGUUAAGGCAAUGUUUUUCAUGUUCUCAUCUACUAGAAUGGGCUGAUUCGAGACUGGGUUGCUAGAUGCAAAAUCAAUCAGUCGCUGAACUGUUGCUUCAUAUAGAAGUUCUCAAAACAUACAUGUGCAUAUUGACUUUUUCUGAUCUUUCAGCAGUGAUCCAGCUUGCUUGAGGCCCCAAGCAUAUCAGAGGGAAACCUGGUGCUUGGAGUCUUGAGUGAUUGAUGCUUCAACAGGAUAUUGCCAUAGGAUAAUUUAUCCCAGGAUAUGCUAUUUCUCAUCUAAGCCCAACAACCACAACCAUGGCUUCAGUACCUGCAUGGGCUAUGCUGUUCGUUGAAUGGUACAUCUUGCUCCAUCCACCACUGAACUUGCCAAUUUCCACACAUCUUUGCGGUCACUUGUACAGCUGCCGAACUCCCAGGUCCCCGGUGUAUUUGUUUCUCCACCGGAAAGCAACUUUCUUGUUUCUUGGGACUGUAAACUUGCUACAGCACAGGAAUUCUGUUUAGUGAUAUUAUUGUGACUACUCCUUUGUUGUUCGCGUUCAUCAGUUCAAGAUGGAGGCUCCAGCAGAUCUCUUUAUUAUCUGUACAGAUUAUUGUUACAUGUCGGAUCAACUACCAUUCUGUAAUAUUGUACUGUAUAUGCUUCAACCCAUAGAGCCGCGAAACGAGCCCGUAGUUCUCGUGGUAAAAUAGGCUAUAAGAAGUACAUAUAAAUUAAUUUUCUUUCAGGAACCGAACCAAUGUUUCAGCGAUCAGAUGUUCAAAGACACUUGGAAUAUAUGUUUUUUGGUUCA